CAAUUCUUUCGGUUGCACAGAGAAAAGGGGACACACAAAAGUGACGGACCGUUAUUGCGAUGAAACGUUAUACAAAAUAAGUGAAAGGUAAAAUAACACGCGAGGUUUCCAUGAAAGAGAUUUUCUCAUCCAAGAGGUUUUACAUUAAAUUGUAAAAACUAAUUGGUCGUUUAAAAGAAACAAACAGGGGAAGUUGGCAGUAGGCUGAGCUUUUCUUAGUGAACCAUCGUUAGCUCCUGGGAAGACGGUGGCUAAGUGACACCGCGGUUAAUGAUGUGGGGAGAGAUCGACCCUCCUGUUAAAACACAGCCAAGCUUGUGUGAGACUGAAGACGAGAGGAAAAUAGAAGAGAUAAUACUGCCACGGAGACGGAGAUGUGACUCCAGCAGCUCUGAAGACACACAGCGGGUGGUGCAGGACAUCCAGAUUAUAAACCUGAGCGAGUCCAGCUGUGUGAAUGCCAUGAUGGAGGCCAUAGCUGUGAGCGGCGUCUUGGUGAAGAGCCAGCAGAUCGGAGAGGCUGAGCUGACCGUGCAGGAGCGCAGAGAGGAGCUGCUGCAUCAGUACCGCAGCAGGCCGCUGGUGUUCCUGGAGAGGUACCAUGCUUGCCUGAAGCCUCAGCAUCUCUCAGCAUUUGCACAUGUCAGCUCAGACCCACGAGCACAGCACUACAGCAAGGUGAUACAGAGACGGGCUGCAGGACGCACCGACAGGACCAGAGUCAGGAAUCAGCGCUAUGCUGCCCUCAGGGCUCUGCAGAAGGACGGCCAGUACUUCAGUGAAGAACAGAUGCGAAUGAGGGAGCCGCUGCUGUACGAACAGUAUAUCGGCCAGUACCUGACAGAUGAAGAGGUGCUACAGCGCUCCCAGGAGGCCAUGCUGGAUGGUGCACAGGGAGGACCCGGGGAGCCGGGGCAAGGUACAGGAGGACUCGCCAAUCUGCUCCUCAACUCCUACCAGGAACGACUCAUCCAAAAUCGUCUGCAGGAGGAGCAGGAGAAGGAAGACGGCGCACUGGAGGAAGAAGAGGAGGACGACGACUACGGUCAGUCAGAGUUCGGGUUGAAGAAAAAACUUCACACUGAAGAUGACAGAGACCAGCAGAAGGAAUGGGAGCCGACGCCAGAGGAGAAGGCUCUUCUCAGAGAGGAGUUCAUCAGUCAGAUGCACCAGCGUUUUCUGGAUGGCAAAGACAAGGAUUUCAACUAUAGGGAGGUGGAUGAGAAUCCAGACUAUGACAACUUGGACAUUGUCAACAGAGAUGCAGAGGAUAAAUAUUUUGAUGACGAUGAUGACGAGGAAGAGGAAAAAAAUAUGACAGAAUAGUACCCGUGUUAUUAAUAAAUGAAUGAACUGUAAAUAUAAAUGUACAAAAAGAGUUUCCAUUCUAUUUUUUAGUUUGACAUCUGAACACAAACAAAAGAUGUAAUAAACAUGUUUUUGGGGUCUUUUGAAAA